UGUUGAGGUGGAGGGAGGAGGGCAGAGCUGCAGGGGCCCGGGGGGCAGUUUCUAGAAGGUCGAGGUUUAUACCGUCAGGGCCCAGACCUGCCAUGGCUGCUGAGUUGUCAUGGAGCCAGGACAACUGUGUGUCACAUGCACGCUGUUAUCUCUUUAAAUGGCCUCUGGGGAGGGGGUUCUGGAACCCCUGCGGCCUCACAGAGACCUGUCUCCCUCCCCCUCCUCCCUGGGAGCUGUGUCUAAGAAGACCUGGGAGCAGGUGGGAGUCACUUAGGUGAGUAUAUGCAUGGGGGAGGGGGUAUGGACUGGCCAAAGGGACACCCCACCCGGGAUGGAGGUCUCUGGGUGACAAGAAUCUCCUAAGUGGUGAUGCCUGGGGACGAGGCCUCCAUCCCAGUGGGGGCUUGGGGAGGGGGAGGAGGCUUUGGGAUAGGGAGGAACCCUGAAGGAGGAGGCUCUCCAGAUUCCCAGAAGUGGGGACCCAGGGUGACCGUCUGGGACGCUGAGGGACCAGUGGAAGGAGAGGGCAGGGGCCCUCUUGCAGGAGAGGGGCGUGGAAAGAAGGUGCCAAGCUGGGUCAGGCUCUGGGCCGAUCCUGCCCUGUGGCCCUCCCGCAGGCCCCCUGGCAUGGGGGUGAAGCGGAGCCUCCAGAGCGGGGGCACCAUCCUGGGCUUCUUGGCCAACACAGUCACCAUCCUCUCCACUGCCUCCAACUACUGGACCCAGCACCACGGGGGCCACAGUGGCCUGUGGCAGGACUGUAACAACGGCGUCUGCUCCAACAUACCCUGCCAGACCAUGCUGACGGUCACUGGGGCGUGCAUGGUGCUCUCGGCGGGCUGCGGCCUCGUGGGCUUGGUGAUGGCGCUGCGGAUUCUGUGCCACCAGGGCAACUCGCGGGGCCAGGCUACGAGCAUCAUCUUCUUCUUCUGCGGCCUGCUGCUGCUGAUCGCCUUGACAGGUUACACCGCCAAGAAUGCGUGGAAAAACAACAUCUUCUUCUCCUGGUCCUAUUUUUCGGGGUGGCUGGCAUUACCCUUCUCUGUUCUCGCGGGAUUCUGCUUUCUGUUGGCGGACAUGAUCGUGCAGAGCACCGACGCCAUCAGUGGGUUCCCCGUGUGCCUGUGA